AUGGUGUCUUCUUCUUAUGUUUGGUCCUUUAUUCCGGGAGUUAUGCUUUGGACUAUAUGGAAAUUCAGAAACGAAGUGGUGUUCGAAGGAAGGUCUUUAGAUCAGGUUGAGGUAUUUUUCAUGGCUAGGAUUAGGCUAGCUUCAUGGUUCUUAGCCAAGUUCAACGAUGUACCUAUCUCUAAAGACUCUAUUAUUAGUAAUCCAUCUAUUGCAGAUUCUUUUUGUAAGGAUUGGCGAAAGAGUGGUGUAGGUGGCCUAUUAAGAGAUGAAUUCGGCGAUAUCAAGGGUUCUUUCAAGGAAACACCUGGUCCAGGCCCUCCUACUUUAAUGGAACUCAUAGCCAUCAAAAGGGGCCAUGGUUGGGAUGUCAAAAAUGUAGAUUGGCACCCUACAAAAUCCUUAUUGGUUUCAGGCAGAAAAGACAACCUUGUGAAGCUUUGGGAUGCUAAGACAGGGAGAGAGCUUUGCUCUUUCCAUGGCCACAAAAACACAGUACUUUGUGUCAAAUGGAAUCAAAAUGGUAACUGGUUGUUGACUGCUGGAAAGGAUCAGAUCAUCAAGCUAUAUGAUAUCAGAGCUAUGAAGGAACUUGCAUCUUUCCGAGGCCACAGGAAGGAUGUGACUGCAUUGGCUUCGCACCCAUUCCAUGAAGAAUAUUUUGUCAGUGGGAGUUUUGACGGAUCCAUUUUCCAUUGGGUUGUUGGGCGUGAAACUCCACAGGUUGAAAUUCCUAAUGCACAUGAUAAUAGCGUGUGGGAUAUUGCUUGGCAUCCUAUUCGAUAUCUUCUAUGCAGUGGUAGCAAUGAUCACAUGACGAAGUUUUGGUGCAGAAAUAGACCAGGAGAUACUACUCGUGAUAAAUAUAACAAGGGACAGAACCAAGGUUUCUACUUAUUGCAUUGCUCUUUACCAUUUUCAUCUCUUCCCCAUAAUGGGCAGGAAAACAAGUUGCAGUUAUUUAUUUAA